AUGAGUCUCGUGGUCGAUCAGAUCCGGCGCAUCGACAGCCAGCUCGACCGGUUGCAGCUGUCGACAGCCAACGACGACGGCGCAUUUGCAAUAGCCGCCGAAGACAUCCACGACCCACACCGAGUAGCGCGCAUUGAACAAUUACAGCGGCUGAUCAAGAGCUUGUCAACGACCGCCUCGUCGAAGCAUUCCCUUGUGCCAGCGAGCAGGAUCCGGUCAAUACUGCAGGAAGCGGAUAUUUCCUCGCAGUGUGCGACGUGCGCGUAUUUGUUUGAGCAGGAUGAUUCAGGCAGUCAACAUAGGCAGUCGGCCUACGCCCACGUGUCUUCCUACGAACACGAGCUCGAAUGGCUUCUGCUGAGCAAAGCUACCACGCAGGCCUAUGGCUCCGUCCUUUCCACGAUCCUCGAACAGACCAUUCCGCUUGAGGAUGAUAUAUGGUAUUGGGAUGACAUAAUCUCGACUUACCGCUUCGCUGGUCUCUAUUCGAUCCAGACCUCUCCCAUUCGGCUGUAUAAUUGGUCUAAAGAUGUUUAUCGCGAUGUAAAGGACAAAGGAGGACGGCUGGCGGUAGACGGCUGGAGGGAAUUCUACUCGCUCGUGAGGGACACAAUCAAGGAUCGUAAUGUCAGAGAGAUUCAACGGAGAGUUGUCAGCCCGCUCGGUGUGGCGCGGAAUGAGGGCAGAAAGAAGAGCGCUGCUUUGAGGCGGAUCAAGAUGAAGAAUGCCAAUGCUCUAGGACUUCUGCUAGGCGAAGGUCUCGGCAGCGAGAGCAUAAACGAUGAAGGCUUGCAGUCGCCGGGCCAAUAUGGCACUUCAGAGAAGCGGCAUCGAUGGAAGAGCACAGUAGCGAAGAGCAUCGCACUCAUGGACGCCGUCAUACACAAUGUCAACGACGCUGAUCUACAUGUCGAUAAGUUCGACGAUUCUGUCGCGGCCACUACCCAAGACGAUCAUUACUAUGAGUUACACGAACCCUCAGGAGAACGCACUGCGACAUCGCUCAAGCCUGCUGACGUUGUCGUGAGACUGGACGGCCUCCUCAGCCACGCUCUACCCGCAUACACCUCCAAUUUCCAAGCCUCUGUCCGUGAGCAGGGUCGACCAUCACGUCUCGUUCGCUACUGGUUGCCGGCUACGAUAGCUCUCGUCUCAUCCACCACCGUUCUACGUAUCGUUAUUAACCGCAAGGAAGAAAUUUUAACAUGGGUUCGCGAAUUCGGUCAGACCGUCAUUGACUUUUGGUCGAAUUGGGUCAUUGAGCCCACUAAGAAAGUCAUUGGCACCAUCCGGCAUAAUGAAGACAGCGAGGUUUCAAUACUCAGCAAACGAAGCCUGCAAUCCGACAGAGACAGCCUCGAGCGUAUGGUUGUAGACUUUGCUGUGCAGCAUCCCGAAGGACCUGCUCUCAACGAGACUCAAAUCGCCGAUAUCCGCGCCAAAGUACGCGAAGGAGACUUGACGCCUGUCUUGAGAGCUUAUGAAAAGGAUAUACAAAGUCCUGUGAAAGGGGCUAUCAUGGGUAACUUGGCCAGUGCGCUAUUGAUACAGGUACAAAAAACAAAGGUCGAUGUGGAGGUGGCAAUGAGUGGCAUUGAUUCGAUCUUGAAGAGCCAGGAACUGCUGUUUGGGUUUAUUGGUUUGACACCCGGUGUGCUCGUGACUGUCGGUGUGUAUAGGUGGUUGAGAGGCGUCUUCAGUGGCCGAAAGGGUGUCAAGCAGUGGGCGCGACAAGGCCAGCUUCUACUCAUCUUGAGAAACAUCGACCGCAUUCUCGUCGGAGCUACAACGAAUGAGUUCGGGGAGAUCUACUACCGCGAUCAUGGUCUGCUGCUGUGCGAAGUUCACCUACUGAGACAAGAAGCCAGCAGAGUGCUUCCACGCCGUAUCUUUCACGAAUUUUUGCAGGAGAUUGAUGAGCUAGUCAACAUCCAAUCUGGGCUGGAACGGCAGCAGAAGGUGGUUGAGCGGAUACGAUGGGCGUAUUCGAGGUGGUUCACCUCUUAG